ACUCGCCUCAACGUCCCUCUUGAUCCUCGGUAUCAAGAGUAUUUCUUCAAAGCCUAUGAAGCACAGGGCGUCGACGCUUUAGACUUCCACGACUUCAAACAGAUGAUGCGGGAGCUGUUGGUGCAACCCGACAUUCAGCUGUAUUUCGACCUCUUUAAACUCCCUACUGAGGCCUUUAUUUCCGAGGAAGGCUAUUCGCGAUUUUUGAGGGAAGUGCAGGGCGUCGAUACACCGCGAGCAAUCAGGGAGGAACUCGAAGCCUUCAGAGCUGCCAACGACGCUUACAAACAGACGCGGCCGGAUCUGGGGGUGUGCUUGACGCUUCUUGGCUUUAAUACGUUGCUCUGUUCUUCUGCCAAUUCUCUCAUGGAUCCUCAACGGCAGAUGCUGCAUCAGUCGCUUUCCCACCCACUCUGCGAUUACUGGAUCAACUCCUCACACAACACGUAUCUUUGCGGCGAUCAGGUUGUUGGUCGUAGCGCAGUUGGACAGUACAUCGAUUUACUGCUGUCAGGCUGUCGCUGUGUUGAGCUAGACUGCUGGAAUGGUGGUGAUGGCGAGCCUGUGCUUUUCCACGGAGUGGGAGGUUACCAGCUGACUGGCAGAAUUCGAUUUCGAGACGUGAUCCAGGCGUGCAAGGACUAUGGCUUUCAGCGCUCACGAUUGCCUAUUAUUCUGUCUCUAGAGAUGCACUGCACGACAAAUCAGAAGGCGCGAAUCACGGAAAUCAUCAGUGAAAUCCUUGGAGAUUCCGUCUACCGAUGUCACCCUACAACGCCACUGCCUUCUCCUGAACGCUUGUUGGGGUGUUUUCUAAUCAAAAGCAAGGUACUCAAUGAACUCGGCGAGUUCAUAGAAGAGGGAGACGAGGAGGAUAUCAAAAUGGAUGCCCUAGAAAUCCAGUUGGCUCAAGAACUGGAGAGUGCGAAUCUUGCGAGGAGUUUUCUGCGUGCAAACGAGAAUGUUUCUGGCGAGGCGUUUGCCAGCGCGGGGUUGACUGCAUCCUCAGCUUCCCCAUCACCAGCAGUUCCCCCCAACGGAAUAAGCGGUGGCACUGAGGCAGCGAUCGACGCGAAAGCGGAGAGAGCAGCUGCCAAAUUAGAGAAGCUCAAAGCGUUCCAGAGAAAUAUAUGUCUUAGGGGACGAAAACUGAGGGGAUUCGAUCAACCUAGAAAUCCCAUGGAUAUCUGCUCUAUGAACGAGUCCAAGCUCCUGCGCCUCGCGAAGCAGUCUCCCCUCGAGCUAUGCCUCUUCCACCAAAAGUAUUUAUCGCGCAUUUAUCCUGCGGGAACGCGGCUUUCCUCCUCCAACUUCGAUCCUACGAUCUCCUGGAAUUUAGGAUCGCAGAUUGUCGCCCUCAACCUGCAGAGUAUGGGCCUUGCCACCAUGCUCAACCACGGCAGAUUUCAGGAGAAUGGCGGGGCACAUGGAGGUUAUGUUUUAAAGCCCCCUAUCCUCAGAAGCUCCCAGCAGCCGUUUGAUGCCGUUGCUGCCACUCCCACGGAGCCGCAGGCUCUCCACGUCACCAUUCGAGUCGUGUCUGCCCACCAGCUGCCUCGAACCAUCACAGGCGGGCGGAAGACGCGUUCUGCAGCUUUCAACAAGCUGACGAGCCGGAGCAAGCCUUUCCAAAAUCCGUUUGUGACUGUUUCUGUCCAUGGAUCCAGGAGAGACACUCGUAGCUUCAGGACGCCCGCCGUUUCCAACAACUCCUUCAAUCCAAGAUGGGCAAAUGAAGAAGCCACGUUCGAAUUUCUUGUAACACACCCCUCCCUCGCGCUCCUGCUCUUUCGGGUUUACACGGCUGAUGUGCGGCCGGAGAUGCUGUGUUUUGCCUGCAUGCCCAUCGACGCCAUCCGUUCGGGGCUACGCUGGCUGCCUCUCUAUGAUAGGGCCUUCCGGUUGCUGCGCUUCUCGGGGAUUUUAGUGUUUGUUCGGACGAUACAUGUUAAACAACCAGGUGAAGCAGCCUGCCUGCCUGCCUGCACUGUCGUUUAUUCUCGCUGUGUCCAGUGCGACUCCCACUGUGUGUCACCCUUGCGAUAUACAUCCACUCUGCACUCAGGGCUUCUUGCACUCCACAGAGGCUGCCAGUCUACUGGAAACGAGACGAACUCUUUAUACUUAUACACGCGUGCUCCUCUUACGUGCAUGCGUCUGCACCUGUAUCCAAAUCUACCUGUGGAGACUGGGAGAUACAUCUAG